AUUUUAACCUGUCAGUUCAAAGAGCACACGGAGUGAAAGCAACGUUAUAAAACCUAAGAGAAGAAAAAAGUCUGCAGUCACACCUUGGAAGAUUCCUGUAGAUAUGAGUCAUCGCUCCCGAGCCUCCAAGGUGCGACAGCAUGUCCACUGUGAGUCCUGCUACAGCCGCCGCUGCAGAGCUCGGGUGGAGGUCUCUGUGAGCUGCUCCAUCACCUCCUGCCGCCUGCACUGUGGAGCUCUCUUCCACCUGUGCAAAGAGGAGGAUCACCUGCUGCUCUGCCCUAACGUGAGGGUGCCAUGUCUCAACGCUGGCUACGGCUGCCCGGUCCAGAUGCCCCGGUCCUCACAGGCCGGUCACCUCAAGGUGUGCCCGGCCAGCGUGGUGUGCUGCAGCAUGGACUGGCUCCGCUGGCCAACUGAUGAGACACACCCACACAGCAACAUCGCCCUGCAGGAGAAGGUGCUGAAGGAAAAUGACGGGCAGGAGAAGGCUCUGGAUUUAGCCAUGGCCCUGGUGGAUCAGUCAGACCUUUUCGGUCGCCUGAAAAUGAGGCCCCUCUAUCCAGAGCUGAUGGACAAAGAAGAAGAAGCAGAGGAAGAGAAAAAAAAGGAAGAGGAGAAGAAAGAGGAGAUAGCAGUGGGAGGUUUUGUCAGUGAUAUCCCCAACAAUGGUGCCAAUGAAGACCUCGUCACGUCGAUCUCGGCAGAGAACAGUUCUUGCACGAAUCAUGCUGAAGAGACCGUUCAGCCCAACGUCAGCCAGAAGGCCGUCAUCGAUAAAGACAAGUACAACCUGUUUGAGAUGAUGUUCGGCAUGGAGCGAGGAGCCUGCGAGGUCGCUCAGCAAAACCUGAACCAACCCAAACAAAACGAGAAAGCCGGUGAGAAGGUUGGCAGAGAUUCAAAGGAGAUGGAAACAAAUGCAGCAGAAGAUGGUGAACACUGUCCUCAACCGGACACAAGUAAGACAGGACAUGCACCGUGGCAGGAGGGAGUGUUGGGCCGUCUGAGAGAGGAUCUCACCCCACAGGAGUACAACAUGUAUAUAGUGCACCACGGGCGUAUGCUGGUCUCCUUUGGACAAAUAGCUGCCUGUACACCAAGAGAGAAAGACUUUGUCUAUGGCAGCCUGGAGCCUAUUCCUGUCCAGACCCUACGCUCUUUCAAGAUCCCUGACAGCUAUCACUACAGGCAGCGGGCUCAUCUGUACGACACAACGGUGCGGGCUCAGAGUGAAACUCGCUGUGUCGACACAUCAGACCUCGGUGCCAGCGAAGAGGACUGGUUCAGUGAUGAAGCCACCACCACACUGCUGGGCUAUGCUGAGGAGGAGGUCAUGGGUCACAAGAUCAGUGAAUCAAAGGCAAUCGACGGCCUCUACAUUGACAUCGGAACGCAGACGCACGCGUUCCACUCGGCGCCGUUCAAAAGGAAGACGACCCUGGCGGAGGUGACGGUGGACAAACCUGUGAAGCUGCACCUACAGCUGCAGGCGGAGAGUGUGAACAGCAGACACAGCAGAGCCACCUGUGUCUUCACCUUCCUGUGUGGUCACACCUUCCACCGCAGGGAGUUUGCCACACACUUCAGGAACGUCCACAGUGAAAUCCAGACGUGUCUGAGUGGAUGGUUCGAGCAGAGAUGCCCACUUGCAUAUCUGGGUUGCACCUACAGCCAGAGGAGGUUCCAGCCGUCCACACAUGACGCCACCGUCACCUACGAUCAGCAGCUGAGGAGUUUCAACUUGCGUCCAACCCUUGUCACCUCGUCAGGUAACGACUCACAGGCACGAGGAGGGGAGGACAAACUGAGCUCGCUACCCUAUGAGGUGCUGUGCCACAUGGCCACUUUCCUGGACAGUCUGUCCCUGUCCCAGCUGGCUCUGGUGUCCCGCCUCAUGAGGCAGGUGUGCUCCUCGCUGCUGCAGGACAGAGGGAUGGUCACCCUGCGCUGGGAGAGGAAGACUGAGUCAUGUGGAGGAGCCAAGUGGAGGGCCAAACCUGUGUGGGAGUUCAGUCGACUCUUCUCCUCAGUGGAUUUGUGGCAAAUGGCCGACGUUCCACCCAUAUCUGCUCAUCUCAAAGUCUGUCCUUAUUAUGAGACCCGGGUGCAAAGCGAGCCUGUUCCGCUCCCCAGCAUGAGUGACAAACAGAAAUGCAGCCAAGAGAGAAUGAGUCUCGUCAACCUUUUUAAAAGUAAACGUUAACAGUAGUAAAUUGACUUUAAAUGAUUUAUUAUGUGUAAGUGUUAUAUAACAUUGUAGGUAAUGUAACAAAUAUGAAGAUGUUAUGAAAACUGCACAUAGGGUCUGCAUUAACUUUUACA